CAUUAUUUGACAUUUCAUCUUCUUCACUCUUCGUUUAAGAAACAUCAUACAAACCCAAAACUCCUAAUAAAAUUUUAAAAACUCUCCAGAGAUUAGAUAUAAAGAUGGCUGUGGGGAUCCUUGAGGUUAACCUGAUCAGUGGCAAAGGUCUCAAACGAUCUGAUUUUCUUGGUAAGAUAGAUCCUUAUGUUGAGAUCCAAUACAAAGGACAAACUCGCAAAAGCAGCGUUGUUAAAGAUGGAGGUAGAAACCCGACAUGGAAUGAGAAACUGAAAUGGAGAGUAGAGUUUCCUGGCUUCGACACCGACUACAAACUCAUCAUCAAAGUCAUGGACCAUGAUACUUUCUCCGCCGACGAUUUUAUCGGUGAAGCUACGGUAUAUGUGAAAGAGCUACUUGAAAUGGGAGUAGAGAACGGCAAGAUGGAGCUAAGACCGACCAAGUACAACGUUGUUGACUCUGAUCUCUCCUUUGUCGGAGAGAUUACCAUUGGACUUUCUUACUCUGUUGUGCAAGAAAACGGAAUGGAAGGAGAAGAGUUUGGUGGAUGGAAGCAUAGCCAGUUUUAAUCAGUUUCAUCUUCUAUAUAAAUUGCAUGAUUCUAUUUUUCAGGUGUUACCUUUAGUGUCAACAAUAUCAUUAAGCUUAUUCACAAGUUCAAAA